AGUAGCGCAGAGCGAACUUGACUCAAAUUAAGUUUAAUCCUUUUUAAUUACUCACCGCGAUUUUACUGAGUAAUACUUAUCGCCGUGGCGGGAGUUUUUAUUUCUCCCUCUAAACGGAAGGACGACACAAAAGAGGCGAUACAUCUGUGGAAGUUUACUUUGUUUUGCUGUCUUUUUUCAUUUAUAGGUCUGUUUUGUAAAUAGUCUUGACUGGAGACGCAUCAACGCCGCUGCCUGUUGUUUUUAGUCGAGUUUCGUUUGGUGCCGUUCAAGUUUUCUGAUCACCUGAGACAGUUUUCACUUCUUCCUCAUCAGGACUGGAUGUGUUUUGCGCUUCAGCAUCGACUGUCGGUUAUUUAUUGCGUGAAUGGCAAACUGUGCUCUCCUGUAGAAGGAAAAACAAACGUGCGGAAUCACCUGUAAGCGCUUCAAAUCGGCUGCUUUUACCUGCAAACAGGUACUGCGUGCGCGCGUGUGUGUUUACCAGCUCUAAUGGUAGGAGCUAGCAAACCUCACCUGUGAGAGGAUCGAACCGCCUCACCAUGACAGAGGUCCAGAACCCAUGGCCGCAGGGCACAGAGUGUGUGGCCAGGUAUAACUUCAAAGGCACAACAGAGCAGGACCUGCCCUUUAACAAAGGAGACGUGUUGACUAUCAUUGUUGUCACAAAGGAUCCAAACUGGUACAAGGCUAAAAAUUCUGCAGGCCGCGAGGGAACGAUCCCAGCCAACUAUGUCCAGAAAAGGGAAGGUGUGAAAAGUGGGGGAAAGCUGAGUCUAAUGCCAUGGUUUCAUGGCAAGAUAACUCGGGAUCAGGCGGAGCGGUUGCUUAACCCCCCUGAGACAGGCCUGUUCUUGGUGCGGGAAAGCACUAACUUCCCUGGCGACUACACUCUGUGUGUGAGCUGCGACGGUAAGGUGGAGCACUAUCGCAUCAUCUACCACAACGGCAAGCUCACCAUCGAUGAAGAGGCCUAUUUUGAAAACCUCAUGCAGCUUGUAGAGCACUACACCAAAGAUGCUGAUGGCCUCUGCACCAAACUAAUCAAGCCAAAGCUGGAGGAAGGGACGGUGGCUGCGCAGGAUGAAUUUUCCAGGAGUGGCUGGUCGUUGAGCAGAAAAGACCUCAAGCUGCAGCAGGUUAUUGGAAAAGGAGAAUUUGGAGAUGUGAUGGUGGGAGACUACAGAGGGACCAAAGUAGCUGUGAAGUGCAUCAAAAACGACGCCACAGCGCAGGCCUUUAUUGCAGAGGCUUCUGUCAUGACGCAACUACGGCACGAUAACCUGGUACAGCUGCUUGGAGUGAUUGUGGAGGAGAACGGAAGUCUUUUUAUAGUUACUGAGUAUAUGGCAAAGGGCUGUUUGGUUGACUAUUUACGUUCCAGAGGCCGGACAGUACUUGGUGGAGAAGCUCUCCUACAUUUUGCAUUAGACGUCUGUGAAGCCAUGGCGUAUCUGGAGACCAAUAACUUUGUUCACCGAGACUUAGCCGCACGAAACGUUCUCGUGUCAGAGGACAACAUGGCUAAAGUCAGUGAUUUUGGCUUGACCAAGGAGGCCUCUUCCACUCAGGAUACCGCUAAGCUCCCCGUGAAGUGGACGGCACCUGAAGCACUGAGAGAAAAGAAAUUUUCCACCAAAUCAGAUGUUUGGAGCUACGGUAUUUUGCUGUGGGAGAUUUACUCUUUUGGCCGAGUUCCUUAUCCGAGAAUUCCAUUAAAGGAUGUAGUGCCUCGAGUGGAGAAAGGCUACAAAAUGGACUGUCCUGACGGCUGUCCUGAAGUCGUGUAUAACAUCAUGAAACAGUGCUGGAACCUGGAUCCCGCCGCCCGACCAAGUUUUCAGAUGUUGAAAGAGUGGAUUCAGCAUAUCACCCAAGGGAUGGGAAAAAGACAAUGAGUGAUCUGACAAAACAGACACAACAUAGAUCCUCUUUUUUCAUUUUGACCACUGAGACCAUAACUGUGGAAUU